ACCAAUGGGUGAAGCGGAAGGACCACUAAGCCAUGUCAUCUUGCGCCAAAACCCAUUAAUCAAAGCAAGAAUUUCAAGAAAAACUUAAGGCGCAAAUUUCAUUUUCGCAGCCAUCAAUCUCUUAGUCUAAGAAAAGAUAUAGUGUUGAUAGCGAUGCAAACAGUGCUCGCAAAAAGGAGAUAGCAGAUAGAGAUACAUGUUUAUGUUCAUGCACUUAUACGAAUAAAAAAGGUUGCUUUGUGUAUGAGAGAGAAAGGGAAAAAGAGAGAGAGAGGUUUAAAAGUUAAGCUACGUUAACACAUGUUUAAGGGCAUUUGGAUGAAUAUUUUAAUGCUGCGUAUGCGUGGUAGUGAAAGGUAUGCGGGGGAAGAGAGAGAAACAAGAGUCGUUCGUCGUGGUGAAGAAGCAGAGGCACCAAAAUAUGGUUAUGGAGAUGCGAGCCGCCUCCGCCAUUAGAGCUAGAAAAGGAACCUUCUCUGUGCUAUUCCUUUUCCUACUUUUCAUUCUCAUCCUCUUCAUCCUCUAAUUAAUUCUACCAUAUCUACUUUUUCUAACUUUAUCAAUUUCCUUUCUCGUUUAGCCAUCAACAUUACAUAUCUGGGAUUUCUUCAUGUGGGCUUGUGUGUUUUUCUGAAUUCCACAACUUUUUUCGUUUUACCUGUUGGGAAAUUUCACUUUUUUGGGGCUUUUCUGUUUUAUUACAUGAACUUACUUCGAUCUGAGUUUUCUAAGGGUUUGUUGUUGCUAAUCUCUAGAUCUUGAGCUGUUUUUUAUGAAAAAAUCAAUCUUGGAGUCUAAUGUUGAUGAUUCUGGGAUAGGUUGAACUCAGUUCUGAAGAUUUUAGGGCAUAAGUUAGAAUUCGUCUUUUUUUGUUGUUGUAUAAUUAUACUUACUCACAUUAAUCAUUCAAAAUUGGGGGUGUAAUUAUCGUCCGGAUUUGUCUGAAUUUGGGUAUUUGCCUCCCCUUUAGUGACUUUAUCUGAUUCUUGGGGGUAAAUUUUCUUUCUUUUAUUAGAUUUUUGUGGUAUACUCAUCUUUGAUUCUUAGAAGGAAAAAGAAAAAUAAAAAGAAGCAAGAAAACACCACUAUUUUUAUUGUGGGGUUCAUAGUUUAAAAGUUAAAUCAGAUCAAGUUUCUCUUUUUUUGAAUUGGAAACUAUUAGUUUUUCAACUUUGAAAUACGAUUAUAAGAAGGAAGAGUUUGGCAAUUUUUCUCUAAGGGGCAAAAUUUGAGGUCUUAUGUGUGGUGGGAUACUGGUGGUAUAUGGGAAUGCAUAGUAGUUCCCUGCUGCAAUUUAUCCAGAAGUUUCAAUCUUGGAUGUCUUGGGGUAACAGUGAUACAAGUUCCAUAUUUCGUGGAUUUGAGAGGAUGGAUAACGAUUGCAGCAUUUGUUCCAAGUGUGCAAGAAAUGUGUUAAAUUCAUACCCCAAGUACCAGUGUCGAGUCUGUGGGAAUCUGUUGUGUGAUAACUGUAGUAAGGGCCUUGACUCUUUGGAUGGAGUUGUGCCGACCAAUCAUUUGAAGGAUACUGCAGAGGCAGUGAUAUAUACUAUGUCUUGCAAGAUUUGUUCUGAACUUAGUCCCCCUAAUAAAAGUGGUAGAAGAUGCAGUGGUAAAGUCUAUCCUUCUGAGUCUCCGAGACAAAGCCCAGAACCACCAUCACCAAGUUUUAGUGGUGAGGGAAGUGGUGGUCAUUCCCCUCUUGCUCUAACUAGAAGUAGUGAUGUGUCUCUCUCCAACCAUCCAUCUCUAGUAUCAGCCCAUUGCUCAAGCAGGAGCUAUGAUGAUGAGGGGGAGCACUCAAUUAGCCACUUCUUCAGCAUACCUAAUGAAUACUUUCGUGAUGCUUCUGAUGUAGAUUCAAGUAGUGUUAGUGUUAGACAUGAAUUUUAUAGUGCCAUGUCUUUAGGAUCAAGCCCUUCUGACAGCCCCUCCAGGUCCCAUACUACUUCUAGUGGAGUAGGGUGUCAUGUACAGCUAGAGCAAGGGGGAACCGCAAUGUCUCAAGAUUACCACGAGCAGGCUGUUUUAGAAAGGCCUGCUAAAGGGAUUUGGGAUGCAGAAGAUACUGAUGAUCUGCCUAUUCUUCGACAUACUAGUGAAGAGCUGCCACAACCAUUGGAUUUUGAAAACAAUGGUCUUAUUUGGUUUCCUCCUCCUCCUGAUGAUGCCAAUGAUGAGGUGGAAAACAACUUGUUUACUUAUGAUGAUGAGGAUGAUGAAAUUGGGGAUUCAGGUGUUAUGUUUUUGCCUACUGCCACCAUAGGUACCAUGUUUUCAGCCAAGGAGAAGCAAUAUCACGAUGGCAAGGGACCUUGGAGAUCUGUGGUACAGGGACACUUUAGAGCUCUCGUGUCACAGCUUUUACAGGGGCAGGGUAUAAUAAUCACUGGAAAAGAUAACAGUGCUGAUGAUUGGCUUGAAAUAGUAACAACUAUUGCGUGGCAAGCUGCAAAAUUCUUGAAGCCUGAUACUAGUAGAGGAGGCAGCAUGGAUCCCUGUGAUUAUCUGAAGGUCAAAUGUGUAGCUUCAGGAAGCCCUCAGCAAAGCAAAUUUAUCAAAGGAGUAGUUUGUACAAAGAAUAUAAAACACAAACGAAUGACGUCUCAAUACAAAAAUGCUAGACUGCUUCUCUUAGGAGGUGCUCUGGAGUACCAAAGAAUUCCCAAUCAGCUGGCAUCAUUUGAGACAUUACUGCAACAGGAGAACGAUCAUCUGAAGACGAUUGUUUCCAAGAUAGAGGCCCAUCGUCCAAAUGUUCUGCUGGUUGAGAAAAGUGUAUCUUCAUUUGCUCUUGAGCAUCUGCUAGCAAAAGAGAUCUCCUUAGUUCUAAAUGUUAAAAGACCUCUACUGGAAAAGAUUGCUAGAUGUACUGGCGCUAGUAUAACUCCAUCAACUGAUCACAUAUCCACAACAAGGUUGGGGCACUGCGAAAUCUUCCGCUUGGAAAAAGUUUCAGAAGAUCAUGAACCAGUCAAUCAAUCCAACAGAAAGCCAUCAAAAACCUUGAUGUUUUUUGAAGGUUGUCCAAGGCGCUUAGGCUGCACGGUUGUACUGCGGGGCUCUUGCCGUGAAGAGCUUAGGAAGCUGAAACAUGUGACUCAAUAUGCUGUCUUUGCAGCAUAUCAUUUGUCACUAGAGACUUCCUUUCUUGUAGACGAGGGUGCUAGUCUUCCUAAAGCGGCGACUAAAUCUUCAGGCUCUAAUACAGAUAAGAUGCCUCUUGAUCAGGCCAUCUCCGUGGUUCCUGAUUCAGCUGGGACCAUCAGUUGCACAGAAGAAAACAAAGUCUCUGAUAUAGAUUUAGGAGCUGCAGAUCUCACUUUGGAGCUAGGAUUGCAGGAAUCUCUGUCUGAGCUUGGUGACGUUGGUUGUGAUGAUGUUUCCAUUUCAGAUGAAUUUAGAUACAGAAAAGCACUAUCUGAGGCAUGCAUUGAGAAUUUAGCAUUAGAUGUAACUCCUGAUGACCAGAGACCUACUUGUUCGAGUGUCAUAAAUCAUACUGUGACAGAAGCUAUAGGUCAGGAGGAGAGUCAAACGGGUGUUGUUGGACUAGCAACUCUCGUACACGGCGAAGAUACUGAAACGUCCAGUGAAUAUUUUUCAGCUAACGACAGUCACCACAGCAUAUUAGUUUCUUUUUCUAGCCAUAAUGUGGCGAAUGGAACUGUAUGUGAACGGUCAAGGCUUGUUCGCUUGAAAUUCUAUGGCAAUUCUGAUAAACCACUAGGGAGGUUUCUGAGGGACGAUUUGUUUGAUCAGUCAUUUCUAUGUCGAUCAUGCAAGGAACCAGCUGAAGCCCAUGUUAUGUGUUAUACUCACCAGCAUGCCAAUCUUACUAUCAAUGUUAGACGCCUUCUAUCAGUUAAGCUUCCUGGGGAACAGGAUGGCAAGAUAUGGAUGUGGCAUAGAUGCCUCAGGUGUGAACACACUGAAGGAGUUCCACCAGCCACUCAAAGAGUGGUUAUGUCUGAUGCUGCUUGGGGACUUUCUUUUGGGAAGUUUCUUGAACUUAGUUUUUCGAACCAUGCAACUGGGAACCGUGUUGCCAGCUGUGGUCAUUCACUGCAGAGAGACUGCCUCAGAUUUUAUGGUUUUGGCAACAUGGUUGCUUUCUUCCGAUAUUCACCUAUCAACAUCCUCUCCGUUCGUCUGCCCCCUUCAACUCUUGAAUUUGGUGAUCCCGGUGAACAACCAUGGUUAAGAAAAGAAGCAUAUGAGCUGUUGAGCAAAGCUAAGGCCUUGCAUGCAGAGAUAUCACGUGUUCUUGAUGAAUUUAAAAGUAAAUGUUUAUCUUCAAUGGAUGAGUUCUCUGAUGCAAAUGAGCUGCACAACCAUGUCAUGGAGCUAAACGGCAUGCUUUGUGAAGAAAAAACUUCUUAUGAAGAUUUGCUCCAAUUCGCUGACAAAGAAGCUCCAGAACAGUAUGAAGCUGCAAUUGAUAUUCUUGAAAUUAAUCGUAUGAGACAUUCUCUUCUGGUUGGUUCAAAAGUAUGGGAUCGGAGACUUUUUCUACUAGACUCCCUCCUUAAGAGAGGUUCUAGCCCCAAGGCUGCAACAGAUGUUACAUCUGAUAUUGGAUUGAAAAAUUCUGAUUCAAACAUGAAAGACAAUAGCCUUGAUCUUGGUCCAGAAGAUGAUGUGUCUGUGUACCCAAAAUUAGAAGAAUGCGCUAGCGAUGAUGUGUCUCAACUUGAAUCUGGUUUCUUGGAAAGUUAUCAAAGACUGCAGCGCAGCAGAGAAGAUUUGCUCCAAGAUGAGGAGAAUGCUGCAAAUUCGACUGCUUUAGAGCGCACUCCAUCAGCUGGAUCAAUUCUUUCUGAUAAGAUAGAUUCCGCGUGGUCUGGUGCUGAUCUGGUAUCAAUGAAAUCUCAGUCGCUUGACAUGUCAAGCGUGGAUGCAUCUGAAACUCUUUCGUUCACUCAGAGAGAGAAUCCAGUAUUCAGAAGAUUGACAGGACCAGCAAGAGUUCAUUCCUUUGAUUCUGCUCAGCGACUCCAAGAAAGAAUACGCAGAGGGCUUCCCCCUUCCUCGAUGUAUUUGUCUAAUAUCCGAUCUUUUCAUGCUUCUGGUGACUACAGGCACAUGGUCAGGGAUCCUGUUGUGAAUGUACAGAGGACUUACUCCCAAGUAUCAGUGCGUGACGCUGAAAAGUUUAAUCUUUCUUCAACUGUUUCUCGCUCCUUUAUAUCCUCUCUCUCUCUUGUGCCUGAAGGGGCAAGAUUGAUGGUUCUGCAAAAUGGCCAUGAGGAUGUUGUCGUCACUGUCUAUGACAAUGAGCCCACCAGCAUAAUAUCUUACGCCCUUAGCUCCAAAGAGUAUGAUGACUGGGUAGCUGGUAGGCUAAGUGGGACUGAAAUAGGAUCGAACGUUAGGCUCCUGAACAAGGUGAAUUCACUCUCUUCUGAGCUGUCAACCUGGCAAUCUUUUGGCUCGAUGGAUUCGGAUUACAUGAACUAUGGAAGUUACGGCUCUGAUGAUGGUUCAUCCAUAUCAGAUCAAGAUAAUUCUCCUCAUCUUCGGAUUUCCUUUGAGGACGAAUCUUCCAAUGCCGGUGGAAAGGUGAAGUUUUCAGUCACUUGUUACUAUGCAAAGCAGUUUGAUUCACUCCGCAGGAAAUGCUGUCCGUGUGAAGUGGACUUUGUACGUUCCUUGAGCCGUUGCAAAAGGUGGAGCGCACAAGGAGGGAAGAGUAACGUCUACUUUGCCAAGUCAUUUGAUGACCGGUUCAUCAUCAAACAAGUAACCAAGACCGAGUUGGAAUCUUUCGAAGAAUUCGCCCCACAGUAUUUCAAGUAUUUGAAAGAUGCUCUUACCUCGGGAAGCCCUACUUGCCUUGCCAAAGUCCUAGGCAUAUUUCAGGUUACUGUGAAGAAAAGUGGGAAAGAGGUGAAAAUGGAUUUGAUGGUGAUGGAGAAUCUCUUUUACAAAAGAAACAUUUCUAAAGUUUAUGAUCUAAAGGGGUCUUCACGAUCGCGUUACAACUCAGACAAAACGGGGGCUAACAAAGUAUUGUUAGACAUGAAUCUGUUGGAAACACUUCGCACAAAUCCUAUAUUUCUUGGAGGCAAGGCGAAAAGGAACUUGGAGAGAGCAGUGUGGAAUGACACAUCAUUUUUAGCCUCUGUGGAUGUGAUGGACUACUCGUUGCUAGUCGGGGUGGACGAGGAGAGGAAGGAGCUUGUGAUGGGAAUCAUCGAUUUCAUGAGACAGUAUACAUGGGACAAGCAUUUGGAGACAUGGGUGAAGGCAUCAGGCAUACUAGGUGGCCCUAAGAAUGCAUCUCCAACAAUAAUUUCUCCCAAACAGUACAAGAAAAGAUUUAGAAAGGCUAUGACAACCUAUUUCCUCACUGUUCCAGAUCAAUGGUACUCAUCUUAGUUACCACUCUUCAUUCGUUACUUUUUUCAGAGGGGGGAAGAAAAGAAAUCACCCCGGCCCGGCCCGGCCCGGCCCCAAGAGGAGGUGUAUACCACUGUAAAUAGCAAAAGCCUCAUUCCAAUAUAUCUUUUCAUUUGUUUCAUCAAAUAUUGUUGUAAAACGAUGAUUUUGAGAAUAACGAACAUGGAGAAAUUCGAUAUUAUUUUGCGCUUCA